CGAAAGCACCACCCCUACCCCUCUCCAACACACACAGAAGCACACAUUUCUCGACCAACCAUGGCUAGCGACACGAUUGCCUCUGCACCGAGCACAUCCACAUCCACAUCCACCGCAACCGCGACAGGAAGCGAACGCGAUUGCGGAACCGCGGUGUUGGUGGCACUGACACCCACGAGUACGGGCAGCAGCAGAAGAAGCAGCGAUUGCGGUUCGGAAAGCAGCGGUUCCGAACCCGUUGCCACCGCCUCUGUGGUUUCGGUGGCAACGAGUGUGAGCACAAGAUCAAGCACAAGAUCAAGCAACGGCAACAGCAACAGCACAAGCACAAGCACCGCUUCGAUUUCUCUCGGGCAAGAGGACGCCGACAGCCACCAAAACAGCGAGAGCGAGAGCGAAUCCCUCCCUCCCAAGGCACAAGACCAACAAGAGCAACAGCAACAAGACCAGCAACAAGACCAGCAACAGGAACAGCGAAACAAAACAGAAGAGGAAUCUUGCUCCUCCACUUGCACCUCCACCUCGACACCGGACGAAGCCGCGUCUGUUUCAAAGCCGGCAGAAGAAGACGAACAAGAACAAGAACAACAACAAGAAGAAGAAGCAUCCAAACCCCAAAGACCCACACCCACACUGGCCCCGCACCUUUCCUCGAUUGCACAACUGGAAGGAUCCAUCGCCAGGGGUCUCACGGAGAUGUCCAGUCUCGAUCGCAGCCGCGUUGAAGAAGAAGUCCACGGCGUAGAUUGUGCAAGGCACUGGCAACCACGGGAGAUUGGUAAUGCAAGUGCGCAUGCCGAUGCCCACAACGAAGACCUCCAGAGGACGGCGAUCCUCCUCCGCAAGUUCCAGGAAGAACUCGACCGUCUCCUCGCAGAGCACGGUAGAGGGAACGGUAGAAACAAAAACACUCCCUCUCUAACACUCACGGCGUCCUACGAACGGUGCCUCGAGAGGAACUUUGCCUACGCCACCCUGCCGAACGGGGCCCUCCGGCUCAUGUGCCUGCGGGCGGAUCUCUGGGACGUCCCCAGGGCCUGCCUCCGCUUCCUGAGGCACCUCACGUCGCUCGAAAAGUACUACGGAGACCUCGGCCUCAAGCAACCCCUCACCAUCGACUGUCUCGACCGGGAGGAACGGAACAAGUGCUGCCACCCCAUCGGUGGAACAGGAACGCCACCCAAGGGCAAGAGGUCCUCGUCCUCCAAGAUAAACAAAAACAACGGCGGUGCGUCCUCGUCCUCGUCCAGGGGCAUCUACAACAAAAAGGGCAGGGGCGCCAAGAAGGCGAGCGGCUCCUCGAGCAAGCGCAAGGGAAGCCUCGAUUCCCUCCCAGACAUGCUGGCCCUCAAGUCCGGAUCCAUCCAGGUGCUUCCCUCCAGGGAUCGUUCCGGUCGCAGGGUGGUGGUCUUCCAACCCAUGCCGCAAGACACGGAGGACCUUCAGACGCAACAGCAAACGCAGCAGCAAACGCAACAGCAGCGCAGCAAGUUCCGGGCCAUCUUUUACUUUCUCUGCGCACUGGCGGGAAGCGACGCCGAAACCCAGCAAAAGGGACUCGUUCUCGUCCUGAAUGCCUCCAACAAGACCGAGGCCAAGAACCAGGGAAGCAGCAGCACGUUGGAACACAAACCAAACCAAAGCACGGCAACCGACACUCCAUCCACCGAGCCGGUAACAGUCACCCCUUCUGCCGAUUUGGUCACAACCAGCACCACCGAGGAGAAGGCCUGCCAGUCUUCCCUUCUCCUGAAGGAAUACGAGGAACUCGUUCGGUCGAUUCCCAUUCGUUUCGGAGCGGUCCACCUGGCCUUUGACGGAAGCGAUCAAACCCAAACCGAAACCGAAACCACUGCCCACCACCGCGUCACACCCCAUUCGAUCUGCGAGGCCAUGGUCCGGUCCUUCCUAAAGGACCAUCCAUACAACAUCGCCCGCGUCAAGCUCUACAACCGAGAUGCCAGCAACGACUCCACCAAGAAGGAACUCUCCCCCUUUGGAAUCCCGACCCACCAGAUUCCCGUCACCCACACCGGCACUAUCAAGCUCAAGGAACACAACAGCUGGGUCAAGACAAAGGAAUGGUCCAGGAAACAACAGCAAAUGGCGCCAAACCACAACCACAAGGUCAUCGAGUGCCCGGGAACCAACGACGUCCUCUUCUCACAGGGAGGAAAGUACUGGAACGGCGUAAACCGUUUCCAGCGGGGCAACCUUGAGUUCAUGGAGUUCCUCGAAACCAAGAUCGACGUCUACCAAUCCACCCUCUCCUGGAAGAAGAAACACGCCAUCCUCCUGGCGUGCGUCGCAGAAUUCGCCAACCAAAGCCUUCCCGGGAGCAACCCCCCCCGCUUUCUCGAAACGGCGACCCAGAUCGAGGGCAUCACCGCUCCCGACGGCUGCUGGGUGGAACUCCCCCUGACGUCCCCCCUCCUGAUGCAAAAGAUCCGCCAGACCCUCCUCAACCACAUCCGGCGCCUCGAGGCCAGCGGAAAGCGAAAGCCGGCUCCCACAAAGGUGGUCCGGGCGAAGAAAACCACCAAGAAAAAGCAGCAGCGGCCGGAAGAAGAGGCCUGCAAGAGCAGCAGCAGCAGCAACAGCAACAGCGAAAACACCAGGGAACAACAAAUACGAGCGGCCAACAAGAGACGAAAGAUCGUACACGAUUCGACUUCGUUGUCUUCGAUCCAAGCCGGAAGCAAGGCCACCGUGAUGAAGAACAACAAGCUCGCCAUGGCAACCUUUGGAACAACCGACAGCGACCACCAAAACCUCGCAAACAACGUUGCCAACGGGAGCCACUCGAUGCACAACCACUCGCUCCUCAAGCACCAAUCCAUCUGCGAGUUCCUCGCCAACGCCGAGCGGAUCGCGGUCUCCACCGCGGCAGUGGACAUUGCCUGCCAGGAAUACGAGAACAAGCAUGGCAACAAGAAGGAGCAACAAGACACCAACGGCGUUUUCGAAAGCGUCGAUUGCGGCGAAGCGAGAAGCAACCACCACCAGAGCGGAAGCACUCCGAACGGAAGCGGCGACAACAACUUCCACGACGCCAUUGCCAACGACGAAAAGCUUGUUCAGGCCAUCAUUGCCAACGACGAUCGCCUCAACAAGGAAGUCGGAGAGCUCUUCGAAAUGGAUUCCUUUCUGCGGGACGAGGUGGACGAUUUCGAGAGCGACGAGAUUGCCGAUUGCCUGAUGGGCUGCAUGCUAUAAACAAACAAGGGCUGCGAAACAAAACGAAACGAAGCGAAACGCAAGAAAACUGUAAACUACCG